AUGGCCACUGCCGUUAGACGUAGAGUUACUGUCAGUAAAAGUUCCAAUUCCAAAUCAGGCUCAAAUACUAAGAGUAGAAGAAGAACUAAUGCCAGUAGCAGUAGUAAUAGUGGCAAUGUGAAACAAGAAAAGCAGGAAAAUGUUUUGUUGAAGAGAAUACAACAAAAGGCUAAAAAGAACAAUGGUUCCAAAAGUCCUUCUAAAGGUAGUACUAGUAUUAAUGUAGCCGUUGAAGGUAUUCCCAAGGACCUUACACAAGCUUCUAUCCGUAAAUAUUUCGUGUCACAAUUGGGAGGUAUUGAGACGGUAUUAUUGUCAUACACAGAAAGUGGUAAGUCGACAGGGAUGGUUAAGAUUCAAUUCAAAGAUAAAAGAACUGCCAAUUUAGCCAUUGAUAAAUUCAAUGGUGCUAAAGUCGAUAACAAUUCCAAAUUAAAAAUGUAUGUGUUUGUUAGUAGAGAUGAGAAAUCUCGUUCCAAUAACUCUAACAAUGAUAUUUCCAAAAGAAUCAUUCCUAAUAAAUUGAAUUCAAGAAGAAGUUCUAAUAGUGGCACUAAUAGCAAAUCCAAGAGUUCUUCUUCUAGAAGGAGAAAUUGA